AUGAUCACAGACAUAGAACGUCGGUGUUCUUCUGUACUCAUCCUUGUCAACGUGUUGUUAGAGCAAGUGGCAGAACUAUCUCAAACAGACUGCACAGAUGGAAUAGUGACCACUCACCAGCGCCUCCUGUUGGAAAAAGCAGGUUUGACGGGCCCACCAGGUGCAGGGAAAUCCACCUUUAUUGAGGCUUUUGGGAAGUUCCUGACUGACUCUGGACACAAGGUCGCUGUACUAGCUGUGGAUCCCUCAUCAUCCACCACUGGAGGUUCCUUAUUGGGCGACAAGACAAGGAUGCCUGAGUUGUCUCGAGACAUGAACGCGUACAUCCGCCCCUCCCCCACGUCAGGCACCCUGGGAGGGGUGAACAGGAGAACCAACGAGGCCAUCGUCCUGUGUGAGGGGGCGGGGUAUGAUGUCAUACUGGUGGAGACAGUAGGUGUGGGCCAGUCAGAGUUUGUGGUUGCUGACAUGGUGGACAUGUUUGUUUUACUGGUCCCCCCAGCAGGUGGAGAUGAACUGCAGGCUCUGAAGAAAGGUAUAGUGGAGGUGGCAGACCUGGUUGUUGUAAACAAGGCUGACGGAGACCUGUUACCUGCCGCACGUCGCAUACAGGCAGAGUACACAUCUGCACUGAAAUUUGUCAGGCCCAGGUCGGUCGUAUGGAAACCCAGGGUAAUUCGGGUGUCCUCGUUAACCAAGGAGGGCAUCCCCAAAGCAUGGGACAGAAUGACAGGGUUUCGGAACAAGACCUGGAACUCGGGGGAACUGGACAUGAAACGGCGUCGACAACACCGGGUGUGGAUGUGGAACCAUAUACAAGACAGCAUGAUCAAGCUGUUCCGUCAACAUCCGAGUGUACAGAGAUUGAUUGACAGGAUGGAGGACCGAGUCAUGCGGGGAGAGAUCACACCAGGUGCUGCCGCUGAUGCCUUGCUCCGUGAGUUCCAGAAGUCCCCCAAAACAAGCAAUCCAGAGCAGAUACAACAAGA